CUUGAAUGCUUCCUUGACUCACUCUGGCGUCAAUCGAUCUUCGGCCACUCGAAUCCGAACGCACACAUCAAUCCAGGAGCACAUUCUCUAUCUCCACCGCCGCUACUGCUCUACACUCUUAGAUACUAUCGAGCGCAGCUCAGGUUGGCAUACACUAAUUACCGACAAUCAUCGGCUUUGACUGGGAUUACGGGCUUCUCAGCUGCGUUUCAGCAUCGCGACCGAUUACAGGCACAGACAUAGCCAUGGCGCCCUCACAAGCGAGCCAUGUGCCCAGUCUGGACAACUUGAUAAAGUCAUUUAACAGCCAAUCUCUUGAGGCAUCGAUUGAGUCUUUGAUAUUCCUCCUCAAGCGGCGACAAGUCAAGGGCGACGAAUGUGCGAAAGCGACUGCGCACAUCCUCCGCCAGGUUGUUGCCAAAUCGAAGUGGCGCGAUGUCGAUGAGCUUCUCUCCAGAGUCCAGAGUGUGGGGUCAAGACUGGUUCGCUCUGCCCCGCUGGAGCCAGUCAUCGGAAACGUGGUGCGACGUGUGCUGGGCCUGAUUAGGGAUGAGGCGAAUGAAGACAGGAAUGCCGAUGAUAUUGGUAGCGAGGCUGCUUCCGACAUCCAAAGCCUGACGCCGAGCACCACACCACAGCCGCCGAGGCCCCGGCCGACUCCCAUCCGCCCUUCUCCAUCGGUCCUGUCGUCGGGCCUCACCGUCUCGAAAUCCAUGUUCAACCUACUCUCCGUGAAAGCGCCUAGUGAAUCACCUGUUACGGGAGCCUCAACUCCUUUGUCGCAAGCGCAGCCUGCCAGUGUGCAUGCCCUACGAUCCGAGGUUAUGGACGGGAUCGAGGAGAUUCUGGACGAGAUCAACCAGGCCGACGACCAAAUCGCGGGUUUUUCAGACAUUCAGAUACAUCCGGGUGACUAUGUUUUGGCCUAUCAACCGUCAAGGACUGUCGAGAGAUUUCUGGUAAAGGCUGCCUCGAAGCGGCGGUUUACUGUCAUCAUCGCUAGCCUCGAGUCACCCAGUCCUGGGUCCUCAGAACUUUCCUAUGCCGCACUCCGGAAAAAGCUCAACGCGGCUGGCGUGAAUACAAUCAAUCUGGCAAGCAACGGGCUCAUGGCCUACAUCCCUCGAGUCAACAAGGUCAUCUUCAGCGCAAAAGCCGUGUAUCAGAACGGCGGCCUGCUGGUGGAUAGCGGUUCCUGCGUCGCUGCGCAGGCGGCCCGCGAGUAUCUCAAACCCGUCAUUGUGCUUUGCCCGGUCUACAAAUUCUGCCCAGAGGAUCCGUCGGAUGAAGUCUCGAGGGGGGAACUAGGUAGCCCCGGCAGCUAUGUUAGCUACGCAAACGGCUCCGCGGUGGAUGCGCUCGACGUUGAGAAUACCGUCACAGACUAUAUUCCGCCAGACCUCGUUGACGUUUAUCUGACGAAUUUGUAGGUUCUCUUUCGUUGGACUAUGUGUCCUUAGUGUAUCGUCACUGACGUUGUUUCAGGGGUCCUCAAACCAGGCAUCACCUGGCGAGUAUUCUCGCAGACCACUAUAAGAUCGAGGAUAUAGGCCUCUCCCUGCAGCUUGGCG